AUCAGCUGAUUGAAGCUGAUUUAUACAAUGCGGUUGGUUCUGGUUCAAUAAAGUUUUUCUCUCCAGUAAAAAUAUUAUAGUAGUGCAUAUUAUUAGUGGAAAUAUAAAAUUUUAAAGUGCGCCGCUGCCAACACCAAUUGCAUAUAACAAUAAUGGACGUCGACAAAACAUUGCUGAACCCAAACAAUGAUCAUAAAUCAGAUAUAAAAACGCCUUUUCUGAUUGGAGUGGCGGGUGGAACAGCCAGUGGAAAGUCGACAGUAUGUAAAAAGAUAAUGGAACAGCUGGGUCAAGCUGAUAUGGAGCAAGCGCAACGGCAGGUGGUUACAAUCAGCCAAGAUAGCUUUUACCGCGAAUUAACAGCAGCGGAAAAAAUAAAAGCGCAAAAGGGCCUCUUCAAUUUCGAUCACCCGGAUGCGUUCAAUGAAAAUUUGAUGUAUGACUCAUUGCAGGAUAUAUUAAAGGGCAAAAUUGUUAAAGUGCCAUGCUAUGAUUAUCGCUCAAAUUCGCUUGAUCAUGAAAAUAUGCUAACUAUCUAUCCGGCUGAUGUGGUGCUUUUUGAAGGCAUACUCGUUUUCUAUUUUCCCAAAAUACGUGAUCUCUUUCAUAUGAAACUAUUUGUGGAUACAGACUCUGAUACACGUUUGGCGCGAAGAGUACCGCGUGAUAUCAAUGAACGCGGACGGGAUUUAGACGCUGUACUGACACAGUAUAUGACUUUCGUUAAGCCGGCUUUUGAAGAAUUUUGCUCCCCGACGAAAAAAUUCGCAGAUGUUAUAAUACCACGCGGCGCUGAUAACACAGUUGCCAUUGAUCUCAUUGUACAUCAUAUCGGAGAAAUUCUUAGACCCGGCGGCAGCACUAACAACCUAUAUGCCCCCACGUCAGUACAUACAACAAUAAAUAAUAAAGCUGACGGCGGCAUGAUGCGCGAACACUAAAAUUAAAUAUCUAUCCAUCUAUCUAAAAAAAAAUUAAGCAAGAAAACAAUUAAGUAGCCAAAAAAUAUAUAAAAUAAGUUAGAGACCAACCAAUUCGAUUGGCAAUACACGAGUAAUCACACGAGCAAACAUUUACACUUAAAAACACUGACAUACAUACAUACAUACAUAAACUUUUAGGGUGUGUGCAGCGCACGCUAUCAGCACCGCUAACCAAAAUAAUGUAGUAAUAAUAACAUUAAGGCCGCACAAAAUGAGGAAACUAGUUAAGUGCAAAUUCUUUAACAUCUGCGCUCGUGUUUUUAUUUUUGUAACUUUUAAUAGCCUUAAGCUUUGAAGUACCAUGCAUUACUUUGCUGGUCAAUAACACAAUUAAGAAUACACAAAUAUACAGCUUGGAAUAGAUAAAUAGGCCAACUAGUAUAAUAAAUAACAUAAAGUUAUAGUUAAAUUUAACUUUAUUCUACAAAUUUCUUACUAUAAUUUAACUAAUUUAAAUGUAUUUUCUAUUGAUCUUCUAUUUUAAAGCAUUUAUACAUGUAAACUUUCAAUUGUUCUACUUUUCGACUAAGAAUACAUAUUUUUCAAAAUAUCUGUAGAUGGAAAUAUCUAACUACAUACAUAUAGAACUUCACUACUUGCAUACAUAUCUAAAUUAUAUAGUAAGUUAUGCCUACCUACCGCAUUCAAUUAUUAAACGUAAAUUUUUUUAGGCAAUUCUAAUACAUACAUACAUUCAUAGAUUAAAGUUAUUUUUGUUAAAAACAAAAAUUAAGCGUAAAGAUACCCAUCUGAAAAUUUAUUGUCGCUUUAAUAAAAAUAUUUGUAGCAAAACGCAAAUGAAAUUAUUUUUAAAAAAGUUCGCUUAAACUCAAAAUAUUUUUAGCAAGAAAACAAACGGUCAAAAUCAGCAACGAAUUAUGAUAACUCAAGAAGUUUGCGUGAUUUUCGUUCAGCGAAAAUAGGUGUUGAUAUACUUAUAGCAACAUAUGUAUGUACAUAUAUAUCUAUGGCAUCUUAUUAAAAUACAAGCGUAUGUGACUUUAGAAGGUUUGACUUUUGAUUUAAAAACAAAUAAGUUUCCUUUGACAAAUAUUAUAUUUUUAUUAAGUUUAUAUUAAACGGUUACCUUAAACUAAACCUAUGGCUAGUCAAUCGUUAAAAUAUUGUUUUCAAAACCAAAAAAAAAUUCCUUUAAAGACAAAAUGGCCUAUGUUGAUAUAAGUUGCUUAAUAAAAUGUCACAGAUAUGUAUGUAUAUUUUUUAAAUUAGAACAAUCUAAGCGACAAAAUCUCUAUUAAUCACUAUUAUAUUGAACAAUUUUAUUGAGCUAUCACUGUCAGUAUGGUCAUAUUACAGAAAUCAAUUGCAUCACUUUA